AUGCUUUCCACGGGUACCAUUCCCCAAAGUCUCAGCUCCAUACACAACACCUUCGCAAACAUAGUACCAGACCGCUCCCUCGGCAUUCCCAUAUCUCUCUUUGCCGGCUUGGCAACUACUUCAUUGAUUUUCUUGACACUUCGCGAUACUUGUGCACCUGCACAUGUCACCAGAAUUGCUCCGUCAGAAUCAAAAUCUGACGCAAAGACGAAUUCUCAUAUAAUUCCCAGUCCUUUAAAGACCCAAAUUCCUACGUUGUCCCACGAAGAAAUAUCCACAUUACCUUACCCGCCGGACAUAUUUCCCGGCGCCCGUGACGUACCCAGUCCCUAUGGCAGCACACGAGCGUAUGAAUUUGGUCCGGUGACCGGCCCCAAAGUUCUCCUCAUCCAUGGGAUAUCCACUCCGUGUAUUGCUCUCCACUCCCUCGCUACUACUCUCGCUACCACGCACGGAUGCAGAGUUCUCCUUUUCGAUCUUUUUGGAAGAGGAUAUUCGGAUGGUGUAAGUGAUUUGCCGCAUGAUGAGAGACUUCACACGACGCAGAUUUUGCUUGUGCUCACUUCUUCUUCGCUAUCUUGGGUUGGGGAUGGGUUUCACAUUCUUGGCUUCUCCCUGGGUGGCGGCAUUGUGGUGGAUUUCGCAGUAGCAUUUCCAAAGAUGGUGAAGGAUGUAAUUUUGUUGGCGCCAGCGGGUCUGAUCAGAGAGGAACAUUUUGGUUGGAAAGGAAAGACGAUGAGGAAGUGGUGGUUUCCUGAUGGACUAUGGGGGUGGAUUCUUAGGAGAAGAGUGAGAGGGGCAUAUGAUACCGUGCCAAAUUCUUCAUCUUCUCCUCCUACUUCUCUCCAAAUCUCUGAUCCGCAAUUUGAUAAUGAACAAUAUGAGAGCCAAGGACAAGUAGACUCGGAACUCACAGCCGCGGUUCCCGCUUCUUCUGCUGCAACGAACUCAGAUACUAGAUUACCAUUUGAUGAUACACCUAUAUCAUCUCUGCUACCGCAUAUAACCGUAGGACAAGUGAUGCGAUGGCAAACACAGCAGCAUCAGGGAUAUGCAAAUGCAUUUGCGAGUUCAAUCAUGCAUGCUUCGAUAUCCGGACGCAAGGAAACUUACAAGAAACUGUGGGGCUCAAGGAACAGAAUCGAAGGCCAGGAGAAGAGUGAACGCAACGAGAGAGAUAAAAUUCUGGUCAUAGUAGGAGAACAUGAUGAUGUUAUUGUGGCAGAAGAGUUAGAAGAAGACUUAAAGGUGGUGGUGGGAGAAAGGUUCGGAACGAGAGACGAUGGGGGUGAUAUCUUUGAUGAGAAAAUUGCCUGGAAAGUUAUCGAGAGCGCGGGUCAUGAAUUCCCAAUCACGAGGGGAGAGGAGGUCGCAAGCUUGAUUGGGGAAUUCCUAGGUACAUGA